AUGAAAGUGGAUAAAGCUUUACCCUACAAAGCCCUGACCUGGGGUCAGCUGCGUAUGGAAGGGAGAACAGCGCAGACAGGCAGACGGUCAGACGGCAGGACGGAUACACGGGUGGGGGCUGUGCUGGGCGGCUCGGCGGCAGGCUGGUGGAAGAUGUCGUCCGGAGCCGGAGGGAGGGGGGGGCGUCGGCUCAGGGGCACGGUGAGCAGCUGUGGAGGAAGAGGUGGCUGUGGAGAGGCAGAGGAGGGCUCAGUGGGCAUCCCUUUCCCUGAGCACAGCACUGACAUCCUGGGCAGCCUCAACAAGCAGCGGCUCACCGGACUGCUGUGUGACGUGCUUCUGGUUGCACAGGAGCGUGAAUUCCCCGCUCACCGCUCCGUCCUGGCCUCCUGCAGCUCAUACUUCCACAAGCUUUUUACCUCGGGGGCCGCCGCUGACCAACAGAACGUCUACAACAUUGACUUUGUGGCUGCGGAGGCUCUGGGCGCUCUGCUGGAGUUUGCCUACACAGCCACACUGACGGUCAGCCACAACAGCGUGGCUGAUAUCCUCGCCGCUGCACAUCUUCUGGAAAUCCCUCCAGUGCAGGAUGUCUGUACUCACCUCCUUGACACAAAAGUGCUCUCCCCAUCGUUGGAAUGUGAUCAGAAAGGUGGCGAUGAGGGCAAAGGCUGUGGUGGCCAAGACAAGGGGAACCGCGUGCGGGCCCGUGAAUAUUUGGAGUCUUUUCAGAGAGGGAUUCACUGGAGCAGCAGUUGCAGCACGCCGGAGCUCAGGGACCUGUCCACACACCUGCACUUUAACAAUGGGAACGGGGGGAUACCCAGUAACGGGGCUUUAGGUGGUGCGGGGGAAUACUACUCCCCUCUCUCCUUGGCCCUGGCCCCAGCCCCCUCUCAAGAGCCAGAAGAUGAAGAUGAUGACGAAGAAGAGGACGAUGAUGAUGAUGGCGACACAUUUCAGGGCAAUGGAGCAAGCCUCAAUUCAACAUACUACCAUCCACCUCAAAACGGCCACUACUACCUACCUGCAGAGUCCAGGCUGGGGCAGGAGGCAGAGAUGGAGGAUGAGGGUAAGGAGCUGAUGUUGAGAGAGAGGGGUCCAGCCAGUGCCCUCCUGCAGCAGAUGAUGGACUCCAUAGAACGGCAGAAAAAGCGCAUUCUGGCCGGUGAGGACCUGGGGGAUGGGGACGAGGCUGAUGUGGAAUUUUACUUGAAUUACUUUAACAGCACGCAGCACGAGGACCCUGCGUCUGCUGCUGUGACACAGGGAGAGCAGCCACUCUGGUUGUCACGGAGCAGCACGGGACCAGAGCGAGGGGACCGAGCAUCAGGGGAGAGGGGGGACUCAACUGGAGGAGAGCGAAAGAUGCGCUCCAAGGCCUUCCAAAAGUGCCCCAUUUGCUCCAAGGUUAUCCAGGGCGCAGGCAAAUUACCCCGCCAUAUCCGAACGCACACGGGAGAGAAACCUUAUGAAUGCACCAUCUGCAAAGUGCGAUUUACCAGGCAGGACAAGCUCAAGGUCCACAUGAGGAAGCACACGGGAGAGAAGCCUUACCUGUGCACACAGUGCGGCGCAGCGUUUGCUCACAACUACGACCUGAAGAACCACAUGCGUGUGCACACGGGGCUGCGGCCGUACCAGUGCUCCAGCUGCUUUAAGACUUUUGUUCGCUCAGACCACCUCCAUCGUCACCUCAAGAAGGACGGCUGUAACGGCAUCCCCUCCCGCCGCGGCCGAAAGCCCCGUGUGCGGGAGCCUGACCUCCUGGGGGCCUCCAUGAGCCUGCUGACCCCCCCUCUGGACACUGGAGUGGCCCCUCGUUCUGACCCUGGGCGGAGGCGCCCUGAGGCCAGCUCUGCAGCUGAGCCCCAUGCACACAGUCCUCUGCUGCAGCCACUAGGAGGGGACACCGGGCCCUGA